AUUCUUGAAGAGGUCAACACUGGUCUGGGCGUAGAUAAGCCAGUUUGUAAAUCCCGCUCCGGCUUAUCUUGCUCGUCCACCUAUGCCCUUACUUCAGUCAAAGCUGAUUCUUUUUCUACAGAUCCUCUUUCCAUAGUUAACAAAGCAGCUUUCAAUUCCCUGGACUUGGAAGUGGGAGCUAGUAGUACGAAACUUUUAAACAGGUAUCAAGAGCUUCAUGAGAUAGUGAUCCGAUUAACCGCCGAAAACAAGCAAUUGCGUCAGCAGUUAGAAGAAGCACAAGAGGAGAUAUUAACACGCUCAUUGGAGGAGGGCAGAUUUCUUCUAAAAUUCUCCGACAAAAGCUGGGCUUCCGAAACGGAUAAUUGUACUCGUGAAGAGGUAACUUGCGUUCGCAUUUUUAAUUAUUAUGUAUGA